AUGCAAGUCUUAAUUAUUUUUCUAGGCGCUUCGCUCGCGUUCUCAUAUUACAUUGUGAGAUCCCUGCGCUAUCGCCAGCGUCUUGCUCUACCUCCAGGUCCGAAAGGGCUUCCUAUUCUUGGAAACUUAAAUGACUUGCCCAAGGGGGACGGAAUGGAAUGUCAUCACUGGCUAAAGCAUAAGGAAAAAUACGGUCCCAUUAGCUCCAUUACAGUGAUGGGCCAACCGAUAAUCAUACUUAACGAUGCAGACAUGACCUUCGAACUAUUUGAGAAGCGGUCUAUCAAGUAUUCAUCGAGACCGAGACAGUUAGUAGCUGGUGAGAUAAUUGGGUGGAAGAACACCCCUGGAGGCAGUGCUCCAAAUGCUCGGUGGCGAACAAUCCGUAAGAAUUUGAACCGAAUAAUUGGGACAAAGGCCUCUGCGGCGCAAUUCUAUGCGCUACAGGAGACUGAAAUAGCCCAUUUCCUCCUGAAUGUGUAUAGAACGCCUUCAGCGCUCAUGGACCACAUUCAAAGACAAGCGGGAACAGCCAUCUUGAAGAUGGCGUACGGCUACGUUGCCGAGCCGCAAGGGAAAGAUUACCUAAUUCACAUUGUUAGUGAAGCGAUGGAGAAUUUUGUUCAUGCUGCAGUUCCAGGGGCAUUCAUGGCUGACAUUUUCCCAUGGAUGAGAUUCAUCCCUGAAUGGAUGCCUGGCGGGGGCUGGAAGAAGAUCGCUCACCAAUGGCAAGCUGAGCUUUCCGAAGUGACGGAGAAGCCAUAUGCCUUCACAAAGUAUCAAAUGUCACGAGGCGAGCAUGAGAAUUCGUUCUUGUCACGACUGUUAGAGGCUGGAGAAGAAGGGGAGGAAGAGAAACACACAAAUAAAUUCUCAGCAAUGUCGCUGUACACAGCAGGGGUAGAUUCGACGAUAUCGGCGUUAGAAGCCUUUUAUCUAGCGAUGACGAUAUUUCCGGAGGUUCAACGAGCUGCACAAGAGGAGAUUGAUCGAGUUAUAGGGAGUAAUCGACUUCCGACAAUGGCUGACCGGGAGAAUCUCCCAUACGUUGAGGCAUUAGUCAAGGAAGUCUAUCGUUGGCAUCCGAUUGCUCCUAUGGGUAUCCCUCAUACUACCACCGAUGAUGACAUUUACGAAGGUUAUCUCAUUCCCAAAGGAUCUACAAUCUUUGCCAAUGUCUGGCAUUUCACACACGACCCAAAAGUGCACCCAGAUCCGAUGACAUUUAAGCCUGAUCGUUUUCUCGCAACGAACGGGCACGAACCGGAGAGGGAUCCUCAUCUCUUCGUUUGGGGAUUCGGCCGUCGCGUUUGCCCCGGUCGCAUUCUCGCUGAUAAUUUCAUUUGGCUAACCAUUGCCCAAUCGAUUUCAGUUUAUACUGUCUGUCAGGUCGUGAAAGACGGAGUACCGAUCGUGCCGUCGAUUACGUUUCAACCGGGCGUGGCUAGUAGGCCGGCGAAGUUUGCAACUUCAAUUAAACUAAGGUCCCCUCAACAUGAGGAGUUGAUACGCUCGCUUGAAAGCGAAUAUCCUUGGCAGGACAGUCAUAGCAAGGUCCUCGAAAGUAUGGCUUAA